AUGGCGCAGGCGCAGCAACUGGCCGCCGCGGCGGAGGUCGCGACGAAGCAGCAGGACAUGAUGAUGCUCGUCAGGGAGCAGGAGGAGAUGAUGAUGCAGCAAGCCACGGCCGCACAGCAGCAACACCAUGCCGCGGAACAGUACGCCGCAAUGGGGCUCGACGUCACGAUGGGGCACCGCCACCAGGACCCGCAGCAGCAAAUGGUGCAGCAGAUGGCAAAAGAGCAGCAGCUGGUCGCCGCGGCGGAGGUCGCGAGGAAGCAGCAGGACAUGAUGAUGCGGCAGGCCACCAUGGCGGAGCCCGUCAGGGAGCAGGAGGAGACGAUGAUGCAGCAGGCCACAGCCGCACAGCAGCAACACCACGCCGCGGAACAGUACUCCGCAAUGGGGCUCGACAUCACGAUGGGGCACCGCCACCAGGACCCGCAGCAGCAAAUGGUGCAGCAGAUGGCAACAGAGCAGCAGCUGGUCGCCGCGGCGGAGCUUGCCAGGGAGCAGGAGAUGAUGACGAUGAUUAUGCAGCAGGAAGCAGCAUACGCGCACGCCGUGCCCGAGACGUUGCAAUUCCUGCCUGGGGGGUCGACCGACGCCGCGCCAUUCCUCAUCCAACAACAACCGCAGUCGCAGGAGCAGACGGCAAUGCCGCUUGGGUUCCAAAUGGACCCAUCUCUGCCGCCGCUGCCGCCGUUGUUGGGCCAGUCGCAUGCCCAGUUGUCGCAACAGCAGCAUACGGAUGGUGGCGACGAGGGCCAGUCCUCUGAUCAUAUGACGUACAUUGGCAUCCGUGAUCCAAACCUCCCUCCCGAUGGUAGACGAUGGAGGUGGUGA